AUGGCCAUCUAUUAUAACCAACAACAAGCACAGCAACAAGCUCAACAACAAGCAUACCAUUUCCAUCGUCAACAACAUCAUAACACAUCACCUUCCUUAUCGCAUUCAAAAGCUUCUCGCAAUUCCUCUGAAAGACUUGGGCAAAUUCGAGCACAACUGGAACUUGCUCGAAAUUUCUAUGAUGAUUAUGAAUUCUGUCCUGUGCAAUGUUCCUCAGAGGUCUUGGAGCAUCGUGAUCGUGUUCAACAACGUCUGUCACCUCAAUCUUCACCAAGUACUUCUCCCUCCUUGUCCUCUGCAUCCUCUUUAGGAAGUACAACACCUCCAAAAUCAAGAAGAGCCAUUCCAAUCAUCGAUCCCUCGAAUAUGGCUCCUGUCUCUGUACCUCCUCAGCAAUACAGUAUGAUGAAGAGCACCUCUCCUAUCUUCCAUCAGCAACAGUACAUGCGUGGUGGUAAUACCAGAUCCUAUCAUUAUCAACACAUGAAUGGCUCUUACAAUGAUGUUCUUGUUCAAUAA